ACGAUGUCAGACAUGUCGUCUUUGAACAGAAAGUUAGUCCAGACUCUGGCAGAAACCAUUUCCAAACAAGUGGAUCACUUUAAUAAAACAGAGGUUGAAUGUCUUAUUCGAGAGUUCAACGUGCUCCUGGGUGAGUGUGCUGCCUCAGGGAGAGCAGUGAAUGGACUGGACAAAGAAAAGUUCAGGAGCAUCCUCCACAACAACUUUGGGAUGACUGAUGACAUGAUCAUGGACUUAGUCUUCAGGACAUUUGACAGAGACAACGACAGCUUUGUGAGUAUGAAAGAGUGGAUCGAAGGACUGUCCGUUUUCCUCCGAGGGACCUUGGAUGAAAGAAUAAAAUACUGCUUUCAGGUGUAUGACUUGAAUAGUGACAACUACAUUUCAAGGGAGGAAAUGUUCCACCUGCUGAAGAACAGCCUCAUCAGGCAACCCACUGAGGAAGACCCAGAUGAGGGGAUCAAAGAUCUGGUGGAGAUCACGCUUAAGAGGAUGGACCAUGACCACGAUGGCAGACUGUCUUUCAGUGACUUUGAAAAGGCAGUGAAAGAGGAGAACCUAUUACUUGAAGCUUUUGGAACCUGUCUCCCCGACAUAAUGAGUACUGAGGCAUUUGAGCAGCAUGUAUUUCAGGAACAACUGGAACUAUGAAAAAAAAAAAGGUGUAUUUUUCACUGCACCUUCUUAA